CCAGCAAAUUGAAUGAUAAGCCUCAAAGGCAGAGAAAAAAAAAGUGUUUCCUUUUCAUAUUGACUUGUUGGGUACCAACAUCAACUUUCAAUCAAGCAAACAGAUCUUAAUUUUUAAAAAAUCAAAGUCUUAAUUGUGAUUGGUUUAAUCGUUGAAGUUGAAAUGUUUUAUAUUUAGUUUGAAUCAUCGUCUAAACAACCAUCAUCAUAACAUGUCUUGUUGUCAUCAUGUUAACAUCAACAAUAAACCAGCAAUCACAUUGAUCACUCAUUUUGCUAUGUUGAUUGCUUAAGAUAACAUUUUACUUAUCAUCACAGUUCAACUCUCAUCCUUUUAAAACCCAUGGAUUAAGCCUUUAAGCUUUCCCUUCUCUGACUAACCAGUCCAACCUUGUGAAUUAUUGUUCCCUUUUGGGUCUGCCUUUUUAGGUCUUCACCUUUUUUUUUGUUUUUAACGCGGUAGGAACGCAUUCCCUCCGUCCGGUUAGCAUGUUAAGCUAAAUUUGAAUUUUCUCUUUUUUGUGUCUUUAUUAUUUAGGAAGACAUCUUUACCGUUAACCAAGAUUCAACCAUUUGUGUCACUCAUCAACUUCAGUAUUUUAUCAACUUUUAACCAUUUGCUCAUCAAGUUUUUAAGAGUGAAAAUUCGCUCUUUGUUCUUAUUUUCUUUGUUUACCUUCAACACUUGAACCUCUAGUUAACCAUGGCCUUUAAAAAACCAUGUCUCGCAUUUGCUGGUUUCAUCGGCUUCAUUUUAGCGAUUCUUUCUACCAUCGCUCUUUUAUACUUUCCAGAUAUAAUUUCCAAGAAAAUCAAAGAGAAAGUUCCUUUGGUUCAUGGAUCCGAAUCAAUGGAUAGAUGGUUGAAGGUUAAGGUUCCCAUCACUAUGAGUUUUACAAUUUUUGAGGUCACAAAUCCUACAGAAGUGGCCUCAGGUUCAGCGCAACCAAUUGUUGUCGAACGGGGACCUUAUGUUUUCGACGAAUCGCGCCAUAAAAUUGUAACUGGUUCAGAUGAGGAAUCUGGUUCAAUUUCCUACAAUCAAUUCAAAACGUAUAUUUUUAAUCGAAACAAAUCUAUUGGAUCAUUGGAUGAUGAGUAUAGUAUUCCUAAUGUACCAGCAAUUGUUUUAUCCACGUUGAUUGCCAAGAAAAAAACAACAGCCACGAUAAAACAAUUGAUAAUGCCUAUUCUAGACAAUCUUAUGGUUAUUAGCAAUCAACAGCUUUUCAUUAAGAAAAAAGUUAGAGAGAUACUCUUUGAUGGAUAUCAGAUCUCUUUCGUUCAUCAACUUAUUCAGCAAUUGAAAACUUUUGGAGUUUCAAUCCAGCUGCAAGAUACUUUUGGGUUUUUCCUGAAUAAAAAUGGAACACAUGAUGGUGAAUAUACUGUACACAAUGGUUUAUUGGAUAUCAAUCGUUUCACAAAGAUAGAAAAGUGGAGUGAUAAAAGCAAAGUUAAUUUUUGGGAACCUAACUCUUUCUGCAAUGAUAUCAAUGGUACUGAUGGCUCACAGUUUAAUCCUGGAGUGAAGAGAACAGAUGUACUUUAUAUUUUCUCAAGUGAACUCUGCCGAUCAAUUUAUAUUGAGUACGAGAAAGACACGGAAAUCAGGGGAAUCAACACAUUAAAAUUCAUUCUACCCAAACGGUUAUUCCUUUCACCUGAUCGCAACCCGGAAAAUGGGUGUUUUUGUUUGGACAAGAACGAACCUCUUUGUGGAUAUGAUGGUAUAAUGGAUGCCUCUCCAUGCAAAAAAGGAGCUCCAAUUGUUCUGUCUUCUCCUCAUUUUUAUAACGGCGAUAAAAGAUUGCUCAAUGGUGUAAAAGGACUCAAUCCUGAUAAAAAGAAACAUGAAACUUAUCUCAACAUAGAACCGAAUACAGGUCUUGUCUUUGAUGCGACUCAACGUUUACAGAUUAAUGUAGUAAUUCGACCUCAUACUGGAAUCGGGCUCUUGAGGAAUGUCAAAGAGGUUGUUUUACCAGUUUUAUGGCUCCAAGAGUCAGCAACAGUUGAUGAAUUCUCAGCAAACAAAUUCAAAUCACAAGUGACAAAGACAAUUGUUGUCGGCAAUUCUAUUUUAAUUGCAUUCAUCUUCGUCGGAAUCGUUCUCAUUUUAAUUGCUGUUGCUUAUAUCAUCUGGAGACAUACGAGUUUCCCACCUCAAGGCUAUGGACAUCCGAUGGAAAAAAGUUAAUCUCCAUUUUUUCAUCAAAUUGUGAUCUUUUCAUGAAGCGUAAUCCUGCAAUCUCUUGUUUAUCCAUCAAAUCGUCUCUCCAGCAAUUCAUCUUCGCAAUAUAUUGACCACAAGUGAUCAACUUUUUCUAUUUUGUGACAAAUUAUUUCUCAUCGAAUUUUUUCUCGGACAUGUGCCAUUUUGUAAAAUUUAGAUAUCAUUUCUGAAUGUAAAUUGCUGUUCAUCCAGUGUAAAUACAUUACAUUUUUAAACAAAAUA